UGAUAAAUCCCUGACGAUAAUAUAUACGUCGUGCUUGGCGCAGUCGACCAGUAAGAUUUAAGCACCGAUGGCUGGUUUCAUGUGACUGCUUCGAAACAGCUGGUCAGGUUCGAGCACUUUCCGUGAAUUGGGCCUCUCACGUUGCUUCGAUAUUUGUAUAAUACUUUUUCCUUCUCCCAGAUGGCCGUUACUGUAAAGCACUGCAUAUAUUGCUUUGACGUCUUAGCUGCCCACUUCGAAGGAAGAGAAUCUGUUCCUCCAGAGUUUGACGAUAACGAAUGCCCUCUCUUUGUUACCUGGAAUAUUCGAAAGCAUGGUAGCUAUCGACUUCGUGGUUGUAUAGGCAAUUUUGAUGCUAUGCCACUGCAUUCUGGUUUAAAGCAAUAUGCUCUCACCAGUGCUUUACAUGAUCGUCGAUUCAAUCCCAUCACACGAAAAGAACUACCGCUAUUGUCAUGUGGUGUGUCAUUACUGACCAAUUUCGAAAAGGCCAAAAACUAUUUGGACUGGGACGUAGGCACUCACGGUAUUUGGAUAGAAUUUGAGGAUGACAGCGGUCGUAGACGAACUGCAACGUAUCUGCCGGAUGUCAUACCAGAGCAGGGAUGGGAUAAAAUAGAAGCUAUAGACUCGUUAUUACGUAAAGGUGGAUUCCAGGGUCGUAUCACGUCUUCUGUACGGGAGUCAAUACGCCUCAAAAGAUACCAAAGCUCUAAAAUAGAGGUAUCGUAUGAUGAGUAUGCUACAUACUUGGAAGAGAAUGAUAUAGAGCUGUAUCCUUCAGAAUUACAAUUGUCAAAGAAAUGAGAAAAAAUAAAGGCCAUUUGUCGGAGUUGAAAUCGAUA